CGAUAUUAUUGCACUGCUGCGCUGAGCGAUCACUGUGCCUACUGCCUCUGUCGGCGUACGCGCUCAUAACAUCAUUGCUGUUCUUGUCUACUUUGUGGCUCAACGAUGUACCUGCCUACCGUAGUACACGUCUCGCGCGCCGGCAUCCACCUCGCACUCCAGACGAGGCAUGCACACGGUAACAGUCCGGUCUUUGACGACCCAUCGGAUCAUGAAGAAUGGGGCUCCCCGGAGUUCUAUGGGAAACUCCUCGUUUCUUUGUGCUUGGUAUUGGCUGGCGGUGUCUUCGCUGGGCUCACGCUUGGGCUGAUGGGCUUGGAUGAGCUACAUCUCAGGGUUCUCGCCACCAGCUCAGAUGAUCCGGUAGAGAAAGCAAAUGCGGAGAAGGUGCGAAGGCUUCUACACAACAAGAAGCACUGGGUGUUGGUCGUCCUGCUAUUGAGCAACGUGGUCGUCAAUGAGUCGUUACCUAUAUUCUUAGAUGAUGCUAUCGGUGGAGGAUUCUGGGCAAUUGGUAUCUCUACAACCUUGAUUGUCAUCUUUGGAGAAAUCAUCCCGCAAGCCGUUUGUGCGCGCUAUGGAUUGUCAAUAGGAGCGAAAUGCGUCUGGUUUGUCUGGCUCCUCAUGUGGAUAUUCGCGCCCAUUGCAUGGCCUAUUGCGAAGUUGCUCGACCAUGUUCUCGGAGAAGACGAGGAGCACACAUAUAAAAAGGCAGAGCUCAAGAGUUUCUUACAGCUUCAUAAAAGUGGAGCCGAGCCUCUACGAGACGACGAGAUUAGUAUCCUGAAUGGUGUGCUUAGCCUGAAUGAAAAGGUCGUCUUAGAUAUUAUGACACCCAUUGAUGACGUUUCGGUCAUCUCAUACGACAAAAUCCUCGACAACGAGACUGUCGAACAGCUCAUCGCUUCCGGCUAUUCCCGCUUUCCAGUACACGAGCCGGGCAGAGAGCGCAGCUUUAUCGGCUUGUUACUCAUCAAGCGUCUCAUCGCAUACGACCCGGAUGACAGCUUACCGGUGUCUGCGUUCCCUCUGUCGGUCUUGCCCGAAGCGAAGGCGAGCAUCAACUGCUUCCAAGCGCUGGACUACUUCCAGACGGGGAGAGCACAUUUGCUGUUGAUUACAGAGCAUCCUGGAAAGCCCUAUGGUGCACUAGGUGUCAUCACUCUGGAGGACAUCAUCGAGGAGAUGAUCAACGAAGAGAUCGUAGACGAGACCGAUCUCUACACUGACAACCACACGCGUCAAGCCGUCAAGCGGCGAGGAAACGCAGCCGUCAUGCGAGGCAUUAUCGAACAAGGACGACGAAUAGCGAAGGAUUCACGCGCUACUUCCUCUGACAGCGACGCGCGCAACCUGAGUUUAUCGAGGGGUCCUACGCUGGAACCGACGGCACAUGCUGCAGGGGAGACCACGCGAUUGCUGACCAUCGUCGAGAGUGCUACAUAUGGGAGGACGAAUGGUACGCAGAAUGGAAAUAACGCGAAAGACGCGACGAUCGUGGAGGACGGGAAGGAUGGGCACGAUGCUAAGCCUGAGCCUAAUGGCAAGGGUAAGGACGGGAAGCUUAAGGAUGGACAAGACAGUGCUGCGGGCAACGCGCCUCCGUCAUAA